CGUAGCUUUUAUUUUGACAGUGACAUACCCUUGAGUACACUUUGCAUUUAGCUACAGUCUUCCAAGUGUCUUAGCAAAGCGGCGCAUCUUUGAAUAACUGCAUGUCCUGAUUCACAGAAACCGCCAUGGGCCUCCUACUGUCCAGAUCCAUGGAGGACAAUUUAAAAAAGCAGCAAGAAUUCAUGCUUCACAAUUCACGGCUGCAGAUGGAGCGUCAGAUCCUGAUGCAAAACCAGAUGAGAGAGAGGCAGAUGGCGAUGCAGAUCGCUUGGUCCAGAGAGUUUCUGAAUUACUUUGGCAGUUUCUUUGCAGUGGCCACAGUGGGACUCACUGCAGGAGCUAUAAAAAGGAAGAAUCCAGGCAUGCUGGCUCCUAUCAUACCUCUCAGUUUCAUAUUUGUCUACCAGAUGGACAGUGCAUAUGGAACUCUUAUUUAUCGCAUGAGAGGCGAAGCUGAGAAUAUCAUGGACAAUGAACAUGACCGUCUGGACUUGCCUCAUCAAACUCCAACCUUUGAGAGUGUAGAAAAGGCCCGCCGUGCUAAAAGCAGCCUUUCCUCCUUUUUGGACAAAUGAUGAUGGCACUAGAACGCCCAAAGCAGUCAUUUUGAACAUUUUUUUAUUUUAGAGUAUAUCUUUGUUGGCAUGGACCUGAUUUUUCCUAAGUUUGUGUAUAUUAUCAAAAUAUUUUAUUAAAAUUACAAGACACUAUUUCUACCUAGAACUCCCAUAAUUGGGGUCAUAUUGACCAUAUGUUGCACAACUGCAGUGAGAUUUGAAGAAAAUGUGGUUUCAGUGGAAGUCAAUGGGGCGUUUUUGGCCACAAAGGUGUUCAGAGGGAGUAUCUGGCACCGCAUUAAAAAUAAUACUGCAAUCAAAACAAUUUUGUUGCUAACUCUGACAUAUCCAAGAUUCUAAUCACCAAUCUGCCUACUCUUUUUUUUUUUUUUUUUUUUUUUUAAGUAAUUCAGUGGCUAAACUGUCAUUUAAAGGGUUAAAAUCCUGAAAACUAUUUAUUGGUAGUUUUGAGUAGGUCUGAACUUGAUUAAAAGUUGAUGUACAAUGAUUUAAUAACAGUGUUUGUGUGUAAAGUUUUGCCACAAAGGUGUCCAGAGUGUGCAAAAUGCAUAAAUAGAAUAUAAAUAACAUGUAAGAGUAAAAGACAUUAGAUUUCAAUGAAAAUUUUAAAAAACUGUUUGACCGUUCAGUUUAUGCCAAUUUAAUUGUUUAAUAUUUUCCAGAAUUAUUAUUUAAUCUGUUGAUGGAAUAACCACCUCACUUUAUCCAUUUUGUAAUGGAAAAUUUCAUUAUAUCUGCCAUUCCUGGAUGAAAAUGAGAAACUGCUUAAAUGUUUCCCAGUUUAACAGUUUCUAAUCUGAUCUAAGAUCAGCUUCACUGAUAGAUGAUAGUUCUCUGACUGCCACAGCAGAGAUGUUACUGUUAAAGGUCAGAGUUCAGUCAUAGUUUCAUAUUUAGCUGAAAACUUGCAGGGCAGCUUUCCAAAUCUGUGAUCAAUGUAAAGUUUUACCAAUAAAGGCAAACAUGUUAUAA